GGUUCUUGCAAAAUUUUGCCUUUUAUUAUGAAUCUUCAAACUCUCUCUCUUCACCACUCUAUCAAUCUUCCCUCUCUGAACCUAAAUCACUCGAAUCGACUCAGAUUGGAUUGGCCAUUACGAACCGUACAACACAAACAUUUCAAGGUAUGCUCUGUGAUGGGCCGCGAUACUCAGACUCAUAUUCAAACUCAAACUCAAACUCAAAGUCAGAAAACAGAUGUUCUCCAACUAAUCGAUGAAACAGAAGAAUCCUUGUUUAGGACAGGCAAGUUUGGCAGGUUUGGAGGCAUCUUCGUGCCUGAAACACUAGUCACUUGUCUCAAGAUGCUGCUGUCUGAGUUCAAUCUUUGCAUGCAUGAUCCCCACUUUCAGGGCGAGCUUUCGACUGCACUGAGAGAUUACGUUGGCCGUGAAACUCCACUCUACUUCGCUGAAAGACUCACCGAUCAUUACAAGAACGACCGGGGCGAAGGCCCCGACAUUUACCUCAAGAGAGAAGAUCUCAGCCACGGUGGAGCACACAAAAUCAACAACGCCCUCGCUCAGGCCAUGCUCGCCAAGAGCAUGGGCCGGCGGAGCGUGGUGGCAGCCACCGGCGCCGGCCAGCAUGGCGUCGCCACGGCCGCAGCCUGCGCCAAGCUCGCCAUGGAGUGUACCAUAAUCAUGGGCCACCUGGAUAUGGAGAGACAGUCCUCCAACGUGCUCUUGAUGAAGCAUUUUGGCGCAGAGGUGAAAUCAGUUCAAGGCACGUUCAAGGAUGCGGCGUCGGAGGCGAUACGCGAGUGGGUGGGGGAUUUGGAGAGGAAGUACUACUUAGCCGGGACGGCGGUGGGGCCACACCCGUGCCCUGCCAUGGUGCGGGAGUUCCAGUCGAUCAUCGGAAAAGAGACGAGGAGACAAGCGGUGGAGAAGUGGGGAGGGAAGCCUGAUGUUUUGGUGGCUUGUGUGGGAAGUGGUUCCAACGCUCUCGGAAUGUUUCACGAGUUCGUGAGAGACGAGGACAUCCGGUUGAUUGGAGUCGAGGCGGCCGGGACCGGCAUAGAUGGAGAAACACACUCUGCUACUCUAGCUAAAGGAGAGAUAGGGGUGUAUCAUGGGGCCAUGACCUUAUUGCUGCAAGAUAAUGAAGGCCAGAUUCUUGGCCCUCAUUCUGUUGGUGUUGGGUAUACAAAUCUUUCAUUUCAAUCAUGAAUU